AUGUCAUCAGUCUCUAAGCAAAAACGUAUGGCCAAAAAAGCUGCUAAAAGUUCGUCCACAUCGUCUACAGCGAGUAACGGUGCAGCAACAACCUCAAAGUCCGGAUCAUCCUCGGAGGUCAACGGAUUAUCAUUGGAUUCUUUAAAGAUCUCCGGUGACAGAACUGCAAAUGGUGUUCUCACCUCGCAGCCGAUGUCUAAAGACAUUAAGAUUGAGCAGUAUAGCUUGUCUUUUCAUGGCCGUGUGUUGAUAGAAAAUGCUACUAUUGAACUUAAUUUUGUGUACUUGCUUGUAAGUUCCCUUGAACGUAAGCUGAACCCGCAAAUUAUAGGAAAGAGCACGUUUCUUGCGUCUUUAGCCGCGAGAGAAGUUCCGAUUCCCGAGCACAUUGAUAUCUAUUUAUUAAAUCAAGAAGCAGAACCGUGUGAUCUCAAUGCUACCGAAUAUGUUGUUCGGGCAGCAAAGGAGGAAGUUACUCGCCUGGAAAAAGAAGUUGAAGAUAUCUUGGCGGAAGGAGAUGGUUCAGAUGAUCCAAGAUUAGAGGACUUGUAUGAUCGUAUUUCUGCAUUGGACGAGUCGACAUUUCAGACUCGUGCUAAUACCUUGCUUCAUGGUCUUGGCUUCACGCAAACAAUGAUGAAAAAGAAAACAAAAGAUAUGUCUGGUGGUUGGAGAAUGCGUGUCGCUUUAUCAAAAGCUCUGUUUAUUAAACCCACACUGUUGUUGUUGGAUGAACCCACAAAUCACCUCGAUUUGGAGGCGUGUGUAUGGCUUGAAGAAUAUUUAAAGACCUACGAUCGUAUUUUGUUGUUGGUCAGUCAUUCGCAAGAUUUCCUCGAUGGUGUGUGCAAUCAAACCAUACAUUUGAAUGAAAAGAAGAAACUAGUCUACUACGGAGGUGGUUAUUCCACAUUUGUUAAGACAAAAGCAGAAUUGGAGGUCAACCAAAUGAAAGCGUACCAAAAACAGCAGGAUGAAAUUGCUCACAUAAAGAAAUUUAUUGCUUCUGCUGGUACAUACGCUAAUCUGGUCAGACAAGCCAAGAGUAAGCAAAAAAUUAUAGACAAGAUGGAGGCGGCGGGUCUCGUUGAAAAGGUUGAGGCGCAGUUAACUUUCAAGUUUAAAUUCCAAAAUGUCGAAAAAUUGCCACCACCCGUACUUCAGUUCGAUCAAAUUUCAUUUUCUUAUAAUGGAAGUACCAAAAAAGAAGAUCUUUUGUAUGAAGAUUUGGAUCUUGCAGUGGACAUGGACUCCCGAGUGGCACUCGUGGGCCCCAAUGGGAAAAGUACUCUACUCAAAUUGAUGAUGGGUGAGCUUCAGCCCGUGAAAGGACGGAUUGCCCGUCAUACAAAUUUGAAACUAGCAAAAUACAGUCAACAUAGUGCCGAUCAACUUGAAAUGGACUUGAGCCCUAUACAAUAUAUGAGAAAGAAAUUUGCUAGUAUGAAUGGUGACGUCGAUUUCUGGCGUAACCAAAUUGGCCGUUACGGUCUUACCGGUGCUCAUCAAACAUCACUGAUCGAGACUCUCAGCGAUGGGUUGAAAACACGUCUGGUAUUCGCUGAAUUGGUGUUGUCCACUCCUGAUAUCGUGUUGAUGGACGAACCUACAAAUCAUUUGGACAUGGAAAGUAUUGACUCUUUGGCAAAAGCAAUCAACGAAUUCUCAGGUGGCGUGAUUAAUAGUGCUGCAUCUAGUUGGGUAUAUGAUAAAAUAAAGUAUUUAUAA